AUGCCAAAGAACGCACACCCACCCCGCGGUAAACCUGCAAAGAAGUCAGUCCCGCCCGAAGAAGACACAAGCUUUAUUGUGUUUGGCGACGGCAAGGCCAAAAAGAAAAAGGGCGAAAGCUCUGGCGGUGACGCAGCCCAAAAUGACGGCAAAGGAAAGGGCAAGGGAGGAGCCGCUCAGCCUGAAGAUGGUCCGAAAAGACCAGAUACUCGGACUUUGAUAGCUGGCGCAUCAUGGACUGGAAAAUUGCCUGUUAAUCUACUGUCAGAGCACUUUCAAAAGCAACAGUGGGCCAAGCCAGAUUAUCGCAUUGUGAACCAGAAGACACGAGAGACGACGACUCUGCCGCCAAUCAAGAUCCCCGCCGAACUCGAGGAGCAAGCACACCAACCUACCGCUGUUGAGGCUCGCAACUUUGCUGCUGCAUAUACCCUCUUUCGCGUCGCCAGCGCCAAGAACCUGCACAUGAUGCUUCCGCCGACCUACAAAGAUUUGUGGAAAGGACAGUUUACGGAACUGAAAAAGAGGGAUGAGCAGGAUGGAAAGGGCUGGAUGUACGAAGCUGACCCAUUCUUUGGCUUUGCAGAGCGAGAAAAGGCUCGGGAGACAGCUGCUAAAGCGCGCGAGAAGAAGCAGAAAGAACAGGCAGAGGCCCAGAAGGCCCACAAUCAGCAGCCUGGUGCCGUCAUGCCUGGGUCUUCAAAGGAGUCUGCGCCAAGCAGGAAUUUGAUGAAGGGAUGGGAACGCGUGCCAAAGAUUGAGCUGGGAAAACGGACAAGAAAAGAAGCAGAGCGUUUGAUCCGCCGUGAUGCCCUCUGGAACCCGAAUGGUGUCGAGAUGGACGCGGCUACAAAGGCGAGGUUGGUUGAGGAAAUCACUGAUCUUGGGUUUCGAAAGAGCCAUGUCGAAGAAGCAGCCGAAAUCUGCAAAGACCGCGAGGAAAUCAUUGAAUGGCUUCUUAUCCAUGUACCAGAGGACGAUCUUCCAUCUUGGUCUUUACCCGAAGGUUAUGUUGCUGGCGUUAGUAUGGCUAGCACGGACCUUAAGCGCGAAGGUGCUGUGAAGCGUCUGGCAGCUGCAGGGUACGCUGUAGACCUAUGCGAAGAAGCCUUCGAUAGCCAGGGUGGUGAUGAAAGAAAAGCGGCAGCUCUUUUGCAGGCUCGCCUUCUUCGACCAGAAGAGGAUGAUAACAGCAUCUUGCAGGAGCUGACAGAUCUUUCUCUGUCAGAGGGCAUGUCAGAGGAAGCAUCUGAGGAAGAUCCAUGGGAAGUGGAGAUGUCAUCGCUGGAAGCAAUAUACGAUCGUCUCUUUUCACGACCCACUCCAGAGGCAUGUCGCAUUGAAUUGGACGUCAAGCAACAGGGUAAACGGCUCAUUUUACAAGUCCGAAAGCCCUUUGGUCCUUACCCCGCUGUUGUACCAAUAAUCACAUUCGAAGCUGCUAUCCCAGCUUAUAUUCGCCUAAGCAUCAUCAGGCAGGCCCUCCUUCAUGCAGAGGCAAAUUUCAUUGGCAUGCCAAUGGUAUAUGAUAUCGUGGACUGGAUCCAAACGAAUGCUGGUGACAUUUUCCAAAAUCCAGGAAGAUUAUCAGAUGUCUCUUCUGGACUUGCGGCAGCGGACCAUAUGUCUGAACAACCAAGUCAGAAACGAAAGGCAAAGGGAAAGCCUCGGAAACCUAUCGAUUGGACACCAGCGACUCCUGCAAGUCAAAACGCGUUGGCCGCCUGGCAAGCUAAGCAAGAUAUUCCUGCGCAACAAAAGAUGAUGGAUGCUCGAAAAUCACUACCUGCCUGGCGCCUGAGAGAAGAUAUUGUGCAGACUGUCAACAAAUGCAAUGUCACCAUCAUCUCAGGUGAGACGGGAUCGGGAAAGUCGACCCAAUCAGUGCAAUUUGUUUUGGACGACUUAAUACAGCGGCAGCUUGGUGCCGUAGCGAACAUCAUUUGCACACAACCUCGACGAAUCUCCGCUCUUGGCCUCGCUGAUCGCGUCGCUGAUGAGCGGUGUUCUCAGGUUGGCGAUGAGAUUGGUUAUACCAUUCGUGGAGAAUCGAAGCAGAAGCCUGGUACUACCAAGAUCACAUUCGUCACGACUGGUGUUCUUCUCAGACGACUCCAGACCUCUGGCGGAAAUGCCGAUGAUGUUGUUGCUUCACUGGCGGAUGUGAGCCAUGUUGUGGUAGAUGAAGUACACGAGCGCAGUCUGGACACUGAUUUCUUGCUUGUUCUACUACGUCAAAUCCUACGGCAACGUAAAGAUCUCAAGGUUAUCCUCAUGAGUGCCACACUGGAUGCCGCCGUCUUCGAGGCUUAUUUCAAGGAGGUAGGACCAGUGGGUCGUGUGGAAAUUGAGGGUCGUACCCACCCUGUAACUGACUACUACAUGGACGACAUUCUUCAUUUUACUGGAUUCAAAGGCUAUGGAAUGGACGAGGAAGAUGAUUCUGGAGAGAAAGGUUUCUCUGCAAAUCUCCGGAGUAUUGGGUUCGGCAUCAACUAUGACUUGAUUGCUGAGACCGUACGCCAUAUCGACCGUCAACUCGGAUCCAAGGAUGGUGGUAUUUUGAUCUUCCUGCCUGGUACCAUGGAGAUUGAUCGAACUCUCCAGGCAUUAAGCCAGUUUGCCAACCUACAUGCACUGCCUCUGCAUGCAUCGCUUUUGCCAAUUGAGCAAAAACGCGUCUUCCCUCCCGCACCUCAUGGCAAACGAAAGGUCAUUGCAUGUACCAACGUUGCGGAGACGUCCAUCACGAUUGAGGAUAUUGUUGCCGUCAUCGAUACAGGUAGGGUAAAGGAAACAAGUUAUGACCCACAGAACAAUAUGGUCCGUCUGGCUGAGACGUGGGCUUCAAGGGCAGCAUGCAAGCAGCGACGUGGAAGAGCAGGACGUGUGCGGGCAGGUGACUGCUACAAACUAUACACCCGAAAUGCUGAGGCAAAGAUGAUGGAGAGACCCGACCCCGAGAUUCGGCGCGUGCCACUCGAACAGAUGUGUCUGUCAAUCAAAGCCAUGGGUGUACAGGAUGUCUCUGGGUUCUUAGCUUCGGCUUUGACGCCGCCAGAGAGUACCGCAGUCGAGGGCGCGGUGCGCUUGUUGUCCCAGAUGGGAGCUAUAACUGACAACGAACUAACUGCUCUGGGUCGCCACAUGUCUAUGAUUCCAGCAGAUCUUCGCCUUGGCAAGCUGCUGGUAUAUGGAGCGACAUUUGGUUGUCUUGAAGCUGCUUUGACCAUCGCUUCGGUCCUGACGGCACGCAGUCCGUUCAUAUCACCGCGAGAGCGAGACCAAGAGACACGGAACGAGUUCGACCGCCUUCGUGCCUCAUUCUCCAAUAACCAAGGAGACCUUCUGGUUGAUCUCCGCGCCUAUGAACAAUGGUCCGCACUCCGCAGCAAAGGCACCUCAUCACGCGACCUCCGGUUCUGGUGUCAAGACAAUCGUCUUUCACCCCAGACGUUGUUCGAUAUUGCCUCGAACCGUACUCAAUACCUCUCUUCUCUAAAAGAAAUCUCAUUCAUACCCACUCACUACUCCUCAACCAACCCCUCCACCCACUCCACCUAUAACAAACACAACACCAACGACGCCCUCCUCCGCGCCCUCAUUGCUGGCUCCUUCAACCCGCAAAUCGCACGCAUCCAGCUCCCCGACAAGAAAUUCGCCGCGGGUAUAGCCGGCGCCGUCGAACUCGACCCCUCAGCCCGUGAAAUCAAAUACUUCAAUCAAGAAAACGGACGCGUAUUCGUACACCCAUCUUCCACCCUCUUCUCCAGCCAAACUUUCCCCCACAAUGCCUCCUUCAUCGCGUAUUUCAACAAAAUGGCCACGAGUAAAGUUUUCAUCAGGGAUAUCACGCCGUUUAAUGCAUACAGUCUUCUCAUGUUCGCUGGUAGAAUCCAGGUUGAUACACUGGGACGCGGGUUGGUGGUUGAUGAGUGGAUUCGACUUAGGGGUUGGGCAAGGAUUGGUGUGCUGGUUAGUCGGUUGAGGGGUAUGCUAGAUAAGGUGCUCGAGGGGAUGGUGAGGGAGCCGGGUAAGGGGAUUAGUAAGAAGGAGGCGGAGAUUGUGGAGGUGGUUAGGUGGUUGGUUGAGAGGGAUGGGUUGGAUGCUUAG